AUGCCAUUGACUUCCAACAUCAACCAACACCAUCACUAUCAUCAUCAACUUCCAGAUGAGCUCUGGAUUGACAUUUUCAUGUAUCUCACUGAUUCUCUUUCCUCCAUCUUUAUCCAUGUUCCACUCACUUGCAAGAGAUUCUUCCGAAUUAUUUAUCAUAUGGAUGAUAAUUUUAAACAAUUCAUACCUUCCAAUCAUCAUCAAGCCUUCGAUCAUCAUCAAGUGUCUUCUUCCCAGACCACCACAACCACCACCACUACCAAUAACAGUCUGGUUUCAAAAGUGGAACGCAUAUUCUUAAACACUUUCUUCAGAAAAGGAUCGACCUCCACAAGCACCAUCACGACAGAUCAUUCUGUUCUUCCGAGGAGGAGUGAGGAGGAGGAGGAUCAUCACCAACAUUCUGAAAUAGCAUCCACCGCUCUACUCCAUCACGAUGAAUGGUUCGUUGAUUCGGAUACAACUCGAGUGAAUGAACCCUUGUACAAGUUAUUACUUGAGUUGUAUAGUUUGAAUAAUUUUGAUCAGAAUGAUGAACACUCGACAACAACAUUUUCAAAUAAUACUCAUGCCAACAACAUGAAACAACAAUAUAGAUCUUACAGAACUUGUUUUGAAAUUUUCAAAUUAUUUGGUUUUACAAUGAAUAAUUUAUUUCGAAAAGAGUUGUGUUACAGCGGAACCAUGAUCACCAAUUUGGAGGCUUACAAAAAUACAAAGACUGCCUCUCCUUCGAUGCAAGAAUCUCUUCCAAGUGGAAAUACAGUAGUAAUGACAGAAAAUUUUGGUUCCUCCUCAGCGGGUGUGAAUGUAGUGAAUCGACCCAUGAUGUACAAUUCAGGAAUUCAUUAUUUUGAAUUUAUUGUACAUAAGAGUGGACAGUAUGACAAUUUCUUGAUUGGAAUUGUGUUAACUGAGAGAUUGAACAUUGAGAAUUGUAAACAGGUAUCGGGAGAAAAGCUUGAAGAUCGGUUUAAUGUUGAUGCAGAAUAUAGUUUUCAGUUCAGAGAUUAUCUUGGAUCGUUAAACAGUUUUAGUAUUGCAAUUUAUGAAGAAGGAAAUUGUGUUUAUCACAAAUCUCACUCAAUAUAUAAUUGUAAUCAAAAGAAACAGUAUUGUACUGUCGAGGAUGAGAAUAUUGUGAAAGCUAAUGGAUAUGUUAUUGGUGUUUAUUUGGAUACGAAAAAUUACAAAAUUGCAUUUGCGAAAAAUGGAGCAUUUGUUUCAUCGAUGGAUUUUUCUCAGAAAAUGAUUGAUCAUCCAAGGUAUGAGGCAGGUCAGCUUGCUUUUUAUCCUGCCUUAUCUAUGGGACAAACAAACGAUGCUUGUACCUUUUCUACCAAGAUGUCUCUUCAGAAAUGUAGUGCCAUCAGACGUGCUGUCAAAGAACUCGUAUUCGAAAAAAAGUAA